CAAGACGCUGUUCUUUCAACUUCAACUGUACAGGGCGGAGAGGGCGGAAUUUUGUUAAACGGUACAGGACCAGUCGGUGAUUCUGGUUCAGGAAACAUUUCCGCAGCAGGAGGGGCUGGGUACGGUGCAGGAGGAGGCGCAGGUGGAGCUCUAUACUUCAGGAACGGUUCGGUACUGAUUUAUUCUGGAGGACGUGGUGCCGAUGGAGUCUUAUACCUAGAAAUGAUUCACCCAGGUAAGGUCACCAAUAGCUUUUCGCAUAUCUAAUACUCAGCUAAGGUGGCGGGUAAUAACCAUAUUGGGAACUCACUGGCCCCCUUAAUUAUCCUGUAAGGAUAUGAUCGGAUGUAAUAUAACAAGCAUAAGACGCAGUGUUUCAUCACCAGAUGGAACGCUGAGAAGAGAGUUGAAAAUACGACGCGCAGCGGAUCGAGUAUUUUUAACGAACUUCGAGGUGUUCAUCUGGUGAUGAAACACUGUGUCGAAUGCUCGAUAAUACUUCUCAAACAAAAUGAUUUUAGAAGAAGAAAUUAAGGAUGCAAAAAUAAGCAGUUUUCCAUCAGAUUUCCAAACUCAUUAAACAUUAAUUUCCUUUGUAUUUUCUUUAUGAAUUAUAUAAUGAGUUUGAGAAGGUUGGUUGACACUAUACACUAACCAAUAUGUUCUAUUAAGUGAUACAAUGUAAGACGAAGGAAAACGUUCAUGUCUAUUUUAACUCUCUAACAAUUGUGCUAAUUGUCUCUUAUUUCUAUAAUGUAACAACCGUGCCUUGUCUUUGCAGUAUGCUUCCAAUCAAUUGACAUCAUCUUUGCGGUGCAGUCAAGCGGUUCUGAAACUGAGUUUGAUGACCAGGUGAAUUUUAUAGUGAAAACAGUAAAGACUUUCAAGAUAUCACCUGAGCACACACGCGUUACUUUGAUAAGUUAUGCAAAUAAAGCUUAUCUCAAGUUUGGUUUCCAAGACUACACAGACUCGCAAAGCCUACUUCGGGGACUUUAUGCCAUAAAAAGUGAUCAUCUAAACACUAGUUCACGAGUUUCGUUCAUCCCUGUUUAUGAGACGACAUUGAUAGCUUUUUAUGAGAAAAGGCUCAAGGCUUCUCAAGCUCUAGUUUUAUUGACUUAUGCUAGCAAUUUUACACAAAGUAGUCAAAUGGAAAACUUGGUUAACAAUUUCAAGAGUCAGAAAAUUUCCAUUUCCGUGGUUGUCAUGGAUACAAAGGCAGAAUUGUCAGACCUUGCUGGUUUGGCAGGACAUGAGCAUAAUGUACACGCUGGAAAUAUGAAGUCAGUUCCUUGGAUUGGGGACAUCAUUUGCAGAGGUAGGUCAUUACAUACCACCUAUUAG